GAUCGCGAGCGGAGCUAAAACCGCAUUAAAUGCAUUCAGAGGAAUUUACUAACUUUGCAUGCCCGGAAUGGAUAAACGAUACACUGAAAAGGAUCAACAGUGACUUUGUUGAAAAAGUUUGUAAGUCUUCCUUUGAAUUACCAAGAGAUGGAAUAAAGUGUAAACCUUCGUUGCUUUCUUAGCAGGCUUCUAAGUAGUGGAUGAAGACUCUACAAUAAUCAAAAUGAAAUUACGAUGGCGGUUUAUGUUUUGGGGAACAAUUUUCGUGUGUUGCACGACUUUGAUGACAAUAUUCGCAGUGCUCCGAGAGGUUGGAGCCCCUGUUGCCGCAAGAAUGGAAAGUAUCCAUCGGAAUUUCAAGAAGACCUUAGAAAAUACCAGUAUUAUGGACGGAAUAAAUCUGCUAACCAGCAAAGAAAGGGCAGUUCGAGACCAUCAGAAUGCUAGUACCUACGACGCGUGGGUUGCAGGAAAAAGGAGAGAAAGGCCAAAUUGGGUGUCCAGUGGAUCCAAAGAUAAGAAAAAUGGGACACAUCUGUUACCAUGGCAAAAAUUUCAUGCAGAUAUCAACGAGAAUCAGAUGUAUAGCCGCAAUGCUCCAUACAUGAAUGAUCUACUCGAGAGCUUGGCCACUACAGAGAUUGUAGAUGUGGGUUUGUUCCACGGUGGGAGUCAACUUAAACUUCAUGUUAAAUUGGCUGAUGGGAAUUAUGCAAUGCUAAAACCAAUGAGAACUCCAAGGAGUCUAGUAUAUAAUUAUGAUGAAGAACAGCCAUUUUGGUUAGAUAUUGAGAGACAUAACGCAGAAAUAGCUGCAUUUCAUCUGGACAGAAUAUUAAAUUUCCGCAGGUCUCCUCCAUGUGCUGGACGUGUUCUCAAUAUCACUGCUGAUAUAAAGAUGAAAACUAAAGACAAAGAUUUGUUAAAUUCCUUCUUUCGUGAUGGGGGAAACACAUGCUUUGAAGGGAAGUGUGCUCCAUGGUUUUGCAACAAGGAUCAUCCUGUUUGUGGGCGGGGCGAGAUGCUGGAGGUCUCCCUGUGUGUCAUGAUACCAUUUUACCAUGGCAACGAGGAUCCCAUUUUCGAUAGACCCAACCCAUGGAGUCAUGGAAUCCGGGAGGCUCAAAUAUGGCAAGAACAAAAUAUUUGUGAAGAAAUCUUAAAAAAUUCAGCCAAUGCAGAGGGCAGGUUCCUGUUGGAUCUCGUCGAGCAAUCUAUUUUUGACUUUCUUAUGUUGAAUUACGAUAGGCACCAUUUUCACAUGCUCCAUAAGUAUGGUUCGAAAGGCUUUGUAGUUGCUCUUGAUAACGGGAAGGGUUUCGGAAACCCUUUUUUGGAUGACCUCAAUCUUCUCGGGCCUUUAGCUCAGUGCUGUAUAAUUCGUGAUUCCACUUUCAAAUAUCUCUUAAAAGUCAACGGAAGUCGGGAGAAGUUGAGUGACCACAUGAAGCACACGCUGGUCAAGGAUCUGAUCGAUCCGGUCAUCCAUGAAACUCACUUGGAAGCCAUUGACCGUCGGCUGAUGAAGCUUCUGGAUUUGAUCGGUGAUUGCGUUAAUUUGUACGGUGAGAAGAGGGUCAUGGUCAAAGGGAAGCUUGACCUUCCAUUCCCGGAGGUGGAGGUCAAGAUGGACAUGUGAUGGAGGGUCGCUGGUUGGCCCUUGUUUGUUUUUCUGACUGAAAGAGAUCAGUGACUAUAAGCAACACUCUGUG